AUGAUGCAGUUUUACGAGCAGAAUCAGACUGAGGGCAUCCCCGGCAAGCUUACUGACACCUGGUAUGUCGCUGGCAGCAUGUUCAUGACUUUAAUUCAGUACUGGCAAGCCUCGGGCGAUGACUCUCAGAAUAAGAUUGUCUCCCACGAUCUCAUGUUCCAGUCCGGAGAGAACUACGACUUCUUCUCCCAUAAUGUUAGCCAGUGGCUAGGAAAUGAUGAUCAGAUGUUCUGGGGCCUGGCUGCUAUUACUGCGUCUGAGGUCGGCUUCCCUGAGGUCGACGGGAAACCCUCGUGGACCUCGCUGGCGCGUGCUGUUUUUAACAUGCAGGUCGGCCGUUGGGACACGGGCACCUGCGACGGUGGUAUUCGCUGGCAGAUCUGGCCCUACCAAGCCGGCUACACCAUGAAGAAUGCCAUCUCCAACGGCGGCCUGUUCGAGCUGGCCGCUCGCCUGGCGCGCUUCACCAAAAACGAGACCUACGCCGACUGGGCCGAUAAGAUCUGGGACUGGUCGGCCACUACCCCUCUGCUGCAGACCAAGAAGUGGUAUAUCGCCGACUCUACUUCCAAUGAGAAGAACUGUAAGGAUUCCGGAGACAACCAGUGGACCUACAACUACGGUACCUAUCUAGCCGGCGCUGCAUUUAUGUACAACCAUACCAACGGCAAUGACAAAUGGUUGGAGCGGGUCAACGGCCUGCUAGACUCGUCCAUAGAAAAGUUCUUUCCGAAGAAAUACGGCGGUAAUGUCAUGUCUGAAGUCGCCUGCGAGCCCAUCCUAUCCUGUGACCGCAACCAGCUCUGUUUUAAAGGCUAUCUCUCUAUGUGGAUGGCUUUCACGGCCAUCCUGGUACCAUCCACCCGUGAGAAGAUCCUGCCUAAGCUGCACGGUUCUGCCGAGGCGAUCGGUAAGCAGUGUUCGGGCAAAUCGGAUAACCUAUGUGGUGUAACGUGGGGGAAAACGACCUGGGACGGCGUGCAGGGGCUGGAGGUACAAAUGGCGGCACUAGGUGGUAUCACAGCGAACCUGAUGGUCUCUAAGACACAACAACCGAAGACCAUCGACGAUAACCCAGACGCCAAAGAAACCCAGAUCCCGACCAGCGGGGACUCGGACCCGUCCGAACCCUCGCCUAUCGAAACGGCUGAUCGCGCCGGAGCCUGGAUCCUGACCGUUAUCAUGAUUGCUGCUGUUACUGGUGCUGUCGGCUGGCUGGUGAAGUCGUAA